AUGUCUUCUGCCAACGGCAACUUCGGAGCCACUGGAGAUGAGCCUCUCAGCAUCGAAUCUCUCCUCAGCAGCACUUGGCCAUUCAUCCUCCAGGCUCUGAUGAUCUUCAACGCGUUGGAGGAUACUCUUCGACUCCAGGGCUUAGAGAUCGGGGAGCUCAAGCAAACCAUCAGACGCGGUACCGAGGAGUGGCAGCAACUACGCGACCAGCUACAGAUGACCCGGGGCCGUGUGGAGGCAUACGAGCAGAAUAUCGGCAGCGUCACCCAGGCCUUCGAGCAGGGCAUCCAUGGUAUGAGCAGCAACCCUUACAAGGAGCCCUCCUCCCUGGUCUCCCACCCUGACAAGUUCGAUGGCGAGGAGAAGGACGACAAGAAGCGCCGCCGGCAGUUCAGAGCCUGGCUGGGCAGGGCUCGCCUGAAAAUCAACGUUGAGAAAAAGAAGUACAGCACUAAGUACAGCAAGAUCCUAUACGCGGUCUCACGCCUGGACGGCGCCGCGAGGAUAGCUAUGGACUCGUACCUAGUGAAUAUCUAUGACCACCCUGAGACUCCAGAGGUGUGGGAGUGGGCGAACUCUGAUGCUCUCUUUGACUGGCUCAAACGGGCAUACGACUCUCACAACAGGUCCGGCGACGCCAGCAGGGAGAUGGACGACCUCAAGCAGAAGAACACCCCGUUCAACGUGUUCCUUUCGGAAUUCCUGGCCCUUGCGGCCGACCUGGGGCUCGACGACAAGGCCAAGGUCGAGAAGCUGAAGCAAAAGGUGAACAACGAGCUUCAGUCAGCAGUGAUCAGUGUGUUCCCGAAGCCCCAGAAUGGAGACUUCGACGGAUGGGUGGACUGCUACCGCUCCCUGACGGAGAAUAUCCUUGAUUACGCGCACCAUACAGGUAACAAGAACCCGUUUUCAAACAACCCUUUCAACAAGGAGAGUAACAAGAACAACAAGAACAACAACCAGAACAACCAGAACCAGCAGAAUCCCCAGCAUCCAACACGAGCACAGACUCCGGCGGCGCCAGCAGGUGAUCCCAUGGACCUUGACACAAUCAAACUGCGGCGCCUGUCAGCCACGGAGAGGCAGAAGCGGAUAGACCAGGGUUUAUGCCUGUACUGCGGUGGUCAAGGCCAUAUGAAGAACGACUGCCCGGAGGCUCCUCGUCUCCCUCAAUCUGGGCCUGUUGCGAGACUAGCUGGCGGUUACAACCUCGAGAGACCAGGCUCCGCGCCGCCUGGCGGCAGCAACAACCCCUUCAGACAAGGCCACGCGGCGGAUCUUCGCGUGAGAGCCAUCGGCUGGAAGGGGAAUGCGGAUGACUGGCCAGGAAGCGCCGCUUCCACACAGAGCACCCCCGGCGGAUAUGGCCACGGAUACGGUCACGGCACUGGUGAGAACCACGGAUCUUCGGGAGAGGCAAAAGGUUAG